CAGAGUCAGACCAGCCAGGAUCGAUUGGUCAGGUCUGGGUGAAGGGAAAUGGAAGUCUACAGACGGGGAUAAGAGAUUGAAAUCUGAAUGUGGAACUUUGUUUUUGUCUGUGAGGAAAUACUUUAAGGGAAAUGUCUCUUCGGACCUUUUGUGUGCGUUACCUUUCACGCGCAAACCAUUAAUGGGACAGAGAACUCGUAGAUUCCUAUCAGAUUUGAUGAUUGAUUUGAACAGAUGAGCAGCCUCAGUCAGUGUAGUGAACAGACCGACAACAGCAACAGCCUCCAUUCCAGAGCUGCUCCUGACUGCUGCACUACAGCAUGUAGACAGCAGUGCUUUCUCCUGGAGCUUUUGCAAAUGAAAAUGGAGGACGUGUCUCUGUCCAGUAUGGACAACAGUAAGAUGGAGGGCUUUGCUCAAGAGAUCCUGUCUGACCUGGUGGAGGACGCCUGUUUGGGGCUUUGUUUUGAGGUUCACAGGGCUGUCAAACAGGGAUACUUUUUCCUGGAUGAUACAGACCAGGAGAGUAUGAAGGACUUUGAAAUCGUGGACCAACCUGGAGUAGAUAUUUUUGGGCAAGUGUACAACCAGUGGAAAAACAAAGAGUGCGUGUGUCCUAACUGCAGCCGGAGCAUCGCUGCCUCACGGUUUGCUCCUCACCUGGAGAAAUGCCUCGGCAUGGGCCGCAACAGCAGUCGCAUUGCCAACCGAAGACUUGUGAGUGGCAACAACACAAACAAAUCAGAGAGCGAUCAAGAGGACAAUGAUGAUGUCAAUGACAAUGACUGGUCUUAUGGGGCAGAAAAGAAAGCCAAGAAGAGAAAGUCAGAUAAGAAUCCAAAUUCACCAAGAAGAUCCAAAUCCAUGAAACAAAAAAAUGCUUUGCUGGAUCCUAAGCGACGUGUGGAGAACCAGGACAGUUCGUGCGUGUUGCUAAGAGAUGAGACAUUCUCUCAAUAACACUGUGGGUAGCAGGAGUCACUAACUACACACAGUGCCACACAGUUCACCUUAUCACAGGAUUGUGUGAUCUGAAUUAUGCUGAUCAGUGGAGGAGAUGUGGACUAAUUCUUCUGUCAUUCAGUUUACGUAAUUUUUUUGUCUUCAGAAUUUUUUUGCACAAUCUCUAAUAUCCUGCUCAUGCAGCUUUGAUGGCUGGUCUCUCAAAAAUGACACAUCUAGGAUAGAGGAACUUGCACGAUUCUCUCAGGGAGGAAGUUAGAACUCAUCGUAUCAGCAGACAGACGCUGGGCCAGUUGAGCUCUCCCAUCACUAAGGUGCAGGUUUCUUUCUAAAUGAAAGAUUCUCAUAUGUAAUCUCUCAUUCUGGGAGGAUUUUGCAACAGUUAAUAAUUAAAUUGUUAAAGAUUAAUAGCAAAAAAUCAAGAUUGUGAAUCAGUGUGAACAGUUCCCUAUCAGGUAAUUACUACACAGGUUUUUAUUACAUUUUUUGGAGAAUCAUGAUCCAGUAGAGUAUUUUCUUCUCUCUGUAGUUUAAUAGCCUAAGUGUGGUACAAUUGUACUAUAUUAUGUCACUAGAUCUAUAGCACAUUAUCAUACUUCAUUUUUUUUUAAAUAACAAGUUAUUGGUUACAAAGAGAGCAAAGACAGUUUGGCAUAGAUCUCCAAAAAGAAUUAAGGCUUGAGAAUAUCUUUGUUAUUGAAAUGUUUUUCUUUUCUACGUUUUUUAUGUUUUAGAUGUUUACAGUGUAAGGUGUCCUGUGCGGUCUCACUUUGUUUGUGACUGUGUGUAUAUAUAUAUAUAUAUAUAUUUGACUAGGUGAAAGAUGCUGCUAUCCUGACCGCGAGCCGUACGCUUAUGGGCAUGUCAUCCAUGUAAUAAAAGAUCAGAACUCUGAA